CAGGACACGUCCCUGCAGAGCCCCACCAUCCAGCCAUGCUGCGUUUCCUCUGGGACAGCAUCUCCAUCCAGGUGCUCCUCAUCUUCCUUGUUGUUUUCCUGCUUGUUGCUGACUACAUGAAGCACAGAAAGCCCAAGGACUUCCCUCCGCACCCCUUCUAUCUCCCCAUCCUGGGGCACAUGUACCUGAUGAACUUCAACAAUCCCAUGAUGACAGUACAGAAGCUUAUUGAAAAAUACGGUGACAUAUUUGGCGUGGACAUGGGCAGGGAAUCAUUUGUCAUCGUUAGUGGACUACGGAUGCUUAGGGAAGUUCUUGUAAACCAAGGGGAAAACUUCCUGGAUCGCCCUGAAUUGCCUCUUGCUGGGGAGCUCUUCAGCAACAGGGGACUGCUGUCUUCCAAUGGGCACUUGUGGAAGCAGCAGAGGAGAUUCACCUUGUCCACCCUCCGAAACUUCGGCUUGGGGAAGAGGAGCCUGGAGGAGCGCAUCCAGGAGGAGUGCCGGUACCUUGUGGAUGCGUUUGGGGAUGAGCAGGGGGAUCCUUUCGACCCUCACUUUAAAAUCAAUAACGCCGUUUCAAACAUCAUCUGCUCUGUCACCUUUGGGAAUCGCUUUGAAUACCAUGAUGAGGACUUCCAAAAACUGCUGCACCUGCUGGAUGAGACCCUUACCCUUAAUGGGGCCAUCAUGAGCCAGCUGUAUAAUUCUUUCCCAUCCAUAAUAAAGUUCUUCCCUGGAGCCCACCAAACCAUUUUUAGAAACUCAAGAUUACUGAAAAGUUUUGUGAAAGAGAGGAUCAACAAACACAAGGAGGACUGGAACCCCUCGGAGAGCCGGGACUUCAUCGACUGCUACCUGCAGGAGAUAGCCAAGGACAACGGCGAUGGCAUCUUCCAGGAGGAAAACCUCAUGGCAUGCGCAGUUGACUUGUUCUUAGCUGGGACUGAGACCACUUCAACAACCAUCCGCUGGGCAUUGCUGUAUAUGGCCAUGUAUCCAGAAAUUCAAGCCCGCGUGCAAGCAGAGAUCGACACGGUCAUCGGGCAGGGGCGGCAGCCAGCCCUGGACGACAGGAGCAACAUGCCCUACACCAAUGCUGUCAUCCACGAAGUGCAGAGGAAAGGCAACAUCAUCCCUUUCAGUGUGCCAAGAAUGACAGUGAAGGACACGGUCGUGGAUGGCUUCUACAUACCAAAGGGCACUAGUGUGCUCACAAAUUUCACCUCUGUGAUGUUUGACCAGAACGAGUGGAAAACUCCUGACGCUUUUAACCCUGGGCAUUUCCUGAAAGAUGGUCAGUUCUGGAAAAGAGAGUCUUUUGUACCAUUUUCUAUAGGGAAGCGCUCCUGCCCGGGUGAGCUGCUGGCCCGCACCGAGCUCUUCCUCUUCUUCACGGCUCUGCUCCAGAAAUUCACCUUCCAGGCACCACCAGACACCACACUCAGCCUCCAGUUCAAGCUGGGCCUCACGCUGAGCCCAAAAUCCUACAAGAUCUGUGCUGUGCCUCGGUAGGGAAGCCUUGGCCACUGUCCUCACAGGGAAAAUCCUUUGUUAGGGAUGCUGAAAAUGAGCCCUCAGCUGGGUGGUGGUAACAACCAUCUGGCUCCAGAGAGAGGCUGGAGGAUUUGUUGGUUUCUUUUCAAGCAAUUGCAAAAUAAUUUCUUUUACAAGCAGACUUCUCACUCUGUAUCACAUGGUCAGCCUGGCAUCUGCCAGGGCACUUUUAGUCUUGCGAUAGGUCACUGUAAAUGAAGGAGGAGCUUGGGCCUUUUGUACUUGGACUACUAAUAUCCCACGGUUUUAGAUUCUCUUAUCCUUGAAUUGUGACCAUUAAAAAAAAAAAAUUAAAAUUAAAAAAAAAAAAAAAAUUAAAAAAAUUGUGUCACUCCAACACAGUUCUAUCAUGCAUACCAAUAAAUCCUUAUGAAAA